CAGUAAUUGGCCAUUAGGGAGAGAGAGAGAGAGAGUAAAUCUUGCAGCAAGUAAAAAGACACAGGUUCUGAAAAGAGUGGGAGAGGCUACAAUAUUACAGAGAGUAGAAAAUGGAAUCUCCGAGUUUUUCUGUAAGGAAGGUUUUGGCUUUCCUUCAUUGUCUUUGACGCCGACACUUGCGCUCUUCUCUCUCUCUGUCUCUCUCGUCUUACAUGCCUCGUUGGUCUUCUAUAAAUAAGUCUACAUUAACGUGUAUUGAACUCCCCUAAUACCUAAAUUUUUAGUACUUUUCCCCUUUUCGUCUUGAAAAUAAGAACGCCCUGAGGUGGUAUGGAGGACUUGGGUUCUCUGUGGAGUUAUCAAGAGAGUAUGGAUGAGCUGAAGCAGAAGCUUUUCUACACUACUGUUGAACUCGAAUCACUCAAAAUGGAAGCAAAUGAGGAAAUCAGAAAGAACAAGGAGUAUGUGAAGAAUUUACUCAAUCUUCUAAAGAUUGCAACCCAAGAACGAGAUGAAGCUAGAGCUCAAUUGCAGAAGCUUCUAAGCAAGCUCUUGCCCUCUAGCCCUUCUGAAUUACCCAACAUAUUCCCUCAUUUCCAGACUGAAAGUCCCCUUGUAAUACCUACUAAAGCAAACUCAAGCAUAACAGAAUCAAACAGUCUGUCUGAAACAUACAACCACCAGUCACAUGGAUCUUCCCCAGUCGAUUCCUUCUUUGAUGCUGUUUCAUCCCCAGAUUUCUCAAACAUUAAUGUGGCUGAUUCAAGUAACAUCAGUUUUUUGAACCAGCCUUCUGUUCAGAAGUAUAAUGGCUCUAUGUCCACAGGCAUAGCCUCUUCACAGAUUAACCCGGCUUCUGAUGUAAUUGAUAAUCUUGUUAAAGGAAAAGCUCUUCCUACAAAAGGAAAACUCCUACAGGCUGUUAUGGAAGCUGGUCCUUUACUUCAGACACUUCUUGUUGCAGGGCCACUUCCUCGUUGGCGAAAUCCUCCUCCUUUGCAACCUUUCAAGAUUCCUCCUGUCUCCAUUGAGGGUCAUGAGACGGCAAUGAUAAAUUUUAAGUCUGCUCCAAAUGGGAGCAGCAUGGUUCAUAAACCACUGAAUUCAUCCUCAUCUCCUGUAAUGUCUCGUGGGAGUUCUCAAACUUGUUCUGCAUCUGUGUUAAACUUUGCCGAUGAUCUUUCUAGUUCAUGUUUGAACAAUCCUCGGCUAUUGAUUUCUUGUGCUAGUUUCAACAAUUAUGUCCCAGCAGCCAAGCGGCAAAGGUUUCAAUGAAAUCACUAAACUUUGCUUCAGUGGCUGAUUGUGUACAUGGGAUAUACUUUAUUUUCGGUUUUGAACUUUGAAUGACAUAGCCCUUCAACUUGGUUUA